AUGGGGGGCAAGUCAGCUACCAAGGCCGCUUACUUCGAGAAGCUGAAGAACCUGCUCGAUGAGUACAGCACUGUGUUCAUCGUCGGUGUCGACAAUGUCAGCUCUCAGCAGAUGCACGAGAUCCGUAUCGCCCUCCGUGGCGAGGGUGUUGUUCUGAUGGGAAAGAACACCAUGGUUCGUCGUGCCCUCAAGGGUUUCAUCAACGACAACCCCGAGUACGAGCGUCUGCUUCCUCACGUUAAGGGCAACGUUGGUUUCAUCUUCACCAACGGCGACCUCAAGGAGACCAAGGAGAAGAUCCUUGCCAACCGUGUCGCUGCCCCCGCCCGUGCUGGUGCCGUCGCUCCCGCCGAUGUCUGGAUUCCUGCUGGUAACACCGGUAUGGAACCCGGUAAGACCUCUUUCUUCCAGGCUCUCGGUGUCCCCACCAAGAUUGCUCGUGGUACCAUUGAAAUCACCACCGAUCUCAAGCUCGUUGAGGAGGGCAGCAAGGUCGGUCCUUCCGAGGCCACCCUGCUCAACAUGCUCAACAUCUCCCCCUUCACCUACGGUAUGACCAUCCAGCAGGUCUACCAGGACGGCCAGACCUUCAGCGUCGAGGUCCUCGACAUCACCGAGGAGCAGCUCCUGAAGGCCUUCUCCAGCGCCAUCAACGCCAUCACCACCAUCUCCCUGGCUGCCAACUACCCCACCCUUCCUUCCGUCAUCCACUCCGUCAUCAACGGAUACAAGAAGGUCUUGGCUGUUGCUGUUGAGACUGAGUACAGCUGGCCCGAGAUUGAGGAGCUCAAGGACCGUAUCGCCAACCCUGACGCUUACGCCGCCGCCGCUCCCGCCGCUGCCGCUGCCACCUCUGACGCCCCUGCUGCUGCUGCGGCUGCUCCUGAAGAGGAGGAGGAGGCUUCUGACGAGGACAUGGGCUUCGGUCUCUUCGACUAA